UGUUUAAAUCUGAGAAACUUCUCCAAAUUUGAAUGCUCUCUCUCUCUCUCUCUGAAGUUGUUUGCCUUUAUUUCACCUGCAAUUCCAUGGAGAAAGCUCUGAAAACACCUCCCAAAACACCAAUUCAAUCAGAAAACACUCAUUCUGACUCCAAAUGUACACCUCCUCAGACUCAUCGAACUGAUCAAAACUCCCAAAACUCUGGCAAUGGGACCGGCAAUACGCCCAAUCGCCUCACGGUCCCCAAGGCAUUCAAAUACCCUGAAAGGUACACAAGCCCAACUGAUCUUAUGAUGUCUCCAGUCUCGAAAGGCCUUCUUGCGCGAACCAGAAAACCCGGCACGCUCUUACCUCCAACUAAAAAUCAACCCCCCAAGCAGAUUCAGGAUUUGAGUUUUCAGGAGGUCGGUCUUUUUGCAAACUUGAAGCAUCAGUAAUUCUUGAUUCCGUUAAUUUGUGGGCAAUUUAAGAAGUUUUAACGAGGGAUGUACAUGUGUAGCUUGUUUCUUGGGGUUUCUUACUCCAACUUUUGGAAUUGUGCAUUGCACUGUAUUAUUCUCCAGGGAAAAGCAAAAUUUUCUUGCUCAUUGCAACUGAACAAAGAAUUUGUAGGCUUAUUUAAUUGCUGUUUUCUUAUGGACGGUGUACCCUAUGUAAAAUAAUUAGCAAUGAACAAGGUGGGGUUUGCUUGAA